UCGUUCGGUAUACAAAAAAAAAAAAAGAAGAAAGACACGAGACAGACUGAAGAGCGUCAAGUCGCGAACAUGAAGUCCGUUUUCGGAGCGCUAAGGUUGACGUUGUUAACUGCAGAGCUUCUGCAAACGUUAUCAUACAGCAAUAUCAAGACAGGAAUACAUGAAUCCCAGACACAACCCCUUUUCAAAGAAAAGUAUUUCACCCAGAGUCUUGACCACUUCAACUUUAAUGCCAUGGGGAAUGGGACAUUCCUUCAGCGAUACCUGAUCACUGAUAAAUACUGGAAUACUGGAUAUGGUCCGAUUUUCUUCUACACCGGCAAUGAGGGGGACAUCUGGGAAUUUGCCCUGAACUCUGGAUUUCUUACAGAAUUGGCUGCUCAUCAGGAAGCCUUGGUCAUAUUUGCUGAACAUAGGUACUAUGGCAAGUCUCUCCCUUUUGGCAAUGAGUCCUUCAACAUCCCUCAGAUUGGCCUUUUGACAGUGGAACAGGCAAUUGCAGAUUAUGCUGUCAUGAUCAGUGCAUUGAAACGUCAGUUGUCAGCCGCAGAUUGCCCUGUUAUUGUUUUUGGUGGAAGUUACGGUGGAAUGCUGUCUGUCUAUAUGAGAAUAAAGUAUCCAAAUGUUGUGGCUGGAGCUCUCGCUGCCAGUGCACCUAUCCUGUCAACUGCCGGGCUGGGGGACCCUAGGCAGUUUUUCAGAGAUGUCACUGCUGAUUUUGAGACCAUUUCUCCAGAGUGCAAAUAUGCUAUAAAAGGAGCUUUUCAUCAUCUGAAAGAAUUAGGUGAACGACAAGAUUACAGUAAAAUACAGUCGGCGUUCGCCCUGUGUAAGCGUCCAUCAUCUGUUCAGGACAUCCACCAGCUAAAUGGCUUUCUGAGGAAUGCUUUCACGUUGAUGGCCAUGUUAGAUUACCCUUACAGCACUCAUUUCAUGGGCAACAUGCCUGCCAAUCCUGUGAAGGUUGCUUGUGAAACCAUGCUCCGUGGAUCUGAUCUACUUACUAGCCUGAGGGAUACUGCAGCCAUUGUGUACAACUCCACUGGCUUGCUGACCUGUUUCGAUGUCUCCAGUUUGUAUGUGGAGUGCGCCGACCCCACUGGCUGUGGUCUCGGCUUUGACAGCAUGGCCUGGGACUAUCAGGCAUGCACGGAAAUAAAUCUCUGCUAUGAGAGCAACAACAUCACAGACAUGUUUCCAGCAAUGACCUUCACUGAGGAAGAACGCUUGCGGUACUGCUCCAAACGCUGGGGUGUGAUCCCGCGACCAGGCUGGCUCAAAAUCCAGUUCUGGGGUGAUGCUCUUUCCAGUGCAAGCAACAUAAUUUUCUCCAAUGGUAACCUGGACCCAUGGGCAAAUGGAGGGGUGCAGAAAUCUUUAAGUUCAUCAUUGAUCGCUAUCAACAUUGGUGGGGGAGCUCAUCAUCUGGAUUUAAGAGGGUCCAAUGUUGCUGAUCCAGCAUCGGUUAUUGAAGCCCGGAAGACUGAGGCAGACCUUAUCACACAGUGGGUGGAGUUGGAGAGGACCAGAAUACAACGGCUGCCCUAAUAGUUAGUGUCUUGCUUUUUUUUUUUUUUUUUUUUUUGGG